UAUGUCCAACAAGAAAACACUAAGUGCGCUGGCCAACUCCAAGUCCUGGCUGUAGUGCUGGGCCAGCCCCCCAUGUCGGCGUCUGCUUUUCUCUCAAGAGUGGGCAGGAGCAUCGAGGACAAGCUCCUCUCUUCCCGCUGCCCACGUGGGACCGGCUGUGAGACGGGUCGAGGUACACCUCCUCGCUCUCUUGCAUCUUUAGAGGUUUCGGUCCUAACGCACAGGGCCGCUCCAUCCAAGCCUUGUUUUCUCAAUUUCUAAAAUGUGCCAAGAAUCGAGACUUACUGUGAUGAUGGACAGACAGACUGAGGAAAUGCCAAAAGCUCCGUGAAGCCUUCGGAGACAUCAGGGGGUUGCCCUUGAACUCAGACAGUUCUCGCUGGACAGGACUUCUUGGCUAAUAACUCGACAACACUGGACAGAAAUCGGACGUGCCCGCCAAGGGAAAGCCGGAGAGUCUUCGCCUUUCGCCAACGCAGGAAGAACCGCGGAGGCGGGACAGCGCCACCUGCCCACCUACAGCUCGCGGCCCGGACCGGGAAAGUCUGCGCGCGUGCGCACUACUUGCCCCGCCCCCACCCGCGCGCAGCACUCUGGGCGGCCGGCCCACGCCGCGCGCGGAUUGGUGACUUUUUCGAGCCCGCCCUCCGGAUGACUGACGGCGCUCACCGCCCCGCCUCCGCCCGCCGCCGCCGCCCGGGUGUGGAGCCCGGCCGCUGCUCGCAGGCUGCGCGUCCACCGCCGCUGCCAUCUGGCCUCCGCCAUGGACCUGUUCGGGGACCUACCGGAACCCGAGCGCUCGCCGCGCCCGGCUGCCGGGAAAGAAGCUCAGAAAGGAUCCCUGCUCUUUGAUGACCUUCCUCCAGCCAGCAGUACUGACUCAGGAUCAGGGGGACCUUUGCUUUUUGAUGAUCUCCCACCUGCUAGCAGCGGUGAUUCAGGUUCUCUUGCUUCAUCAAUAUCCCAGAUGGUAAAGAAUGAAGGGAAAGGAACAAAGAGAAAAACCUCCAAGGAGGAGAAGAAUGGCAGUGAAGAGCUUGUGGAAAAGAAAGUUUGUAAAGCUUCUUCGGUGAUCUUUGGUCUGAAAGGCUAUGUGGCUGAGCGGAAGGGUGAGAGAGAAGAGAUGCAGGACGCCCACGUCAUCUUGAACGACAUUACUGAGGAGUGCCGGCCACCAUCCUCCCUCAUUACUCGGGUUUCAUAUUUUGCUGUUUUUGAUGGACAUGGAGGAAUUCGAGCCUCAAAAUUUGCUGCACAGAAUUUGCAUCAGAACUUAAUCAGGAAAUUUCCCAAAGGCGAUGUAAUCAGUGUAGAGAAAACCGUGAAGAGAUGCCUUUUGGACACUUUUAAGCAUACUGAUGAAGAGUUCCUUAAACAAGCUUCGAGCCAGAAGCCUGCCUGGAAAGAUGGGUCCACUGCCACUUGUGUUUUGGCUGUAGACAACAUUCUUUAUAUUGCCAACCUCGGAGAUAGUCGGGCAAUCCUGUGUCGUUACAAUGAGGAAAGUCAGAAACACGCAGCCUUGAGCCUCAGCAAAGAGCAUAAUCCAACCCAGUAUGAAGAACGAAUGAGAAUACAGAAGGCUGGAGGAAAUGUCAGGGAUGGGCGUGUCUUGGGCGUGCUGGAGGUGUCCCGCUCCAUUGGGGAUGGUCAGUACAAGCGCUGUGGUGUCACUUCUGUGCCAGACAUCAGACGUUGCCAGCUGACCCCCAAUGACAGGUUCAUUUUGCUGGCCUGUGAUGGGCUCUUCAAGGUCUUCACCCCAGAAGAAGCUGUGAACUUCAUCUUGUCCUGCCUUGAGGAUGAGAAGAUACAGACCCGAGAAGGGAAGCCUGCUGUGGAUGCCCGCUAUGAAGCAGCCUGCAACAGGCUGGCCAACAAGGCAGUGCAGCGGGGCUCAGCUGACAAUGUCACCGUGAUGGUGGUGCAGAUAGGGCAUUGAGAGACGGUGUGGGCAGGGACACCGUGGUGUUGACCCAAAGGUUCAUCUUGUGUGUGCACAUUCUAUGUGUUUUGUGUGCUCCUAUGGGACUCCCGUGGUUGUAAAUAAAGGUUUCUUUUUUUUUUU